GGAAUAACCAGCCAGCUCGGGGAGGUGGAGGAACAUUAUCCAGGACUAACCCACCCACACAGAAGCCCCCAAGCCCACCCAUGGCAGGGAGAGGUACCCUGGGACGAAGCACACCGUAUAAGACGCUGGAGCCAGUCAAACCUCCUGUGGUGCCUAAUGACUACAUGACCAGUCCGGCUCGCCUGGGCAGCCAGAACAGCCCAGGACGCACUGCCUUGCUCAAUCAGAGACCCCGAACGCACAGUGGCAGUAGUGGGGGCAGCGGCGGGCGCGAGAACAGCAGUAAUAGUAUGGGAAUCCCUCUGGCUGUGCCAACACCCUCACCUCCCAGUAUUGCACCAGUAGUUCCUCAAGGUCCAGGUUUGGGCCCAAUCCCAAUGUCUCAGUUUGGAACAAUCUCCCGGCAGGUCUCCAGACACAAUUCCUCUACCACUUCUUCCUCUGCCUCUAUGGUGUCAGCCACCGGCACCUACCGGCGCGCCCCUGCCGGCUCCUCCCAGUUCUCUGUGCCUCAACCCCACCUGAACGGGGGUCCCACAUACCCCCAGAACACAAUGUCUGUCGCUCCACCACCUCCUCCCUUGGCGCAGCUGACGCCCCAGAUUCCUCUCACUGGCUUUGUGGCCAGAGUUCAGGAGAACAUAACAGACAGCCCGUCUCCACCCCCUCCUCCGCUACCUGAGGACACGCCCUUGUUUGAGGAAGCAGCUCCACCUCCUCCACCUCCACCUGUGGAUUAUGAUGAAGAAGACGCAGCUCUGGUGCAAUACAAUGACCCCUAUGCUGAUGGAGACCCUCACUGGGCCCCAAAAUCCUACUUAGAGAAGGUGGUGGCCAUCUAUGACUACGCAAAGGACAAAGAUGAUGAGCUGUCCUUCAUGGAGGGCGCCAUCAUCUACAUCAUCAAGAAAAAUGAUGACGGCUGGUUCGAGGGCGUGAGUAAUGGUGUGACCGGACUGUUUCCUGGCAACUACGUCGAGUCCAUCAUGCACUACGCUGACUAAUGCUAAAUCCCAGAGACGGCGUGCAAUGCAGCCAAUCAGUUACAAACAUUGCAAAGUGCAUUAGGAUAUGACUGAAUGUUUGUUUUCGUCCAAUCGCCAAUGUAUCCAAGCAUCUGCAGUGCUCAAGGUUUGAGGAGACAGAAGAAUAUGAAAAGAAACAAGUCUCGCUGCUUUCUGCUUAGGUUGCCUCAUAUAUUUUGUACAUAUAUUACAGUGAGACGUUGCCUGUAGGCUGUUGCUAGUGUUUGUUUUUGUGCGUGUUUUGUCAUCGUAUAGAGACCCGUAUUUGCCAAGUGUCCGCUAGGGCUAGUUAGUUUUGAUUUUUCCAAAACGUUUUUUUUUUAAUCUAAACUGUCAAGCUCUUCCUUUACCGUGAGGAAGAAAUGUUUGAAUGUCAUUUCUGGAAUAUUAUAAUGCCUGGUAAAUAAUUAGGCGACAAUAUAAAAAUGACAAUUACGUCUUUACCUACGUUUCGCCUUCAGGUUUUGCUAAUGUUUUGGCUAAUCAUUUUACCUCAUGACUGUAAGGUGAGGGAAAAGACCGAUGCAGUAAUGUGCAGAGAUUCUCCUGCAUAUCAGACUAAACUUCAUAAACCUGUCAAAAACAUGACCACACUAUAUAUAUAUAUAUAUAUAUAUCACCCCAAAAUAGACUAAAGAAAUUAUAAUUACAAAUGAUAUUUUACUCCUAGACAAUGAUGCCUAUUUUUUUGCAUUAUGGCAUUAUUUUCGUGGCAAUUAAGCACAUU